GCAUUAAAACGGUCAUCUGAAAGGAAAGAUAAGGCAAAAAAAGAGAAAGAUGGCAAUUAGUUCUUCACUCUCAGUUCUGCUGUCAAAUCCAGUACCCAAAAUCAGCUCUUAUAAAUCUGAAAUGAAAGAAAGUGGUUUAAACAAGAAAACCCUCAAGAGAUUGAGUAGUAAAAAGCGUAUAUCAACGAGACUGAAUGCAGCCGGAUUGUCUGAGAUAGAGCCUGAUCUUAAUGAGGACCCUGUCGAUCGUUGGGCCACCCCCAGUAUUGAUCCUGAUGAUUUUAAGUAUGGGGAGUACGACGGUCAUCAUACCUAUUUCGAAGGAGAGGAAAAGAGAACAUUUUGGGAAUUAAUUGCAGCAGACUAUGAAGCAGUAGAGCCGCCAACAGGUUUUCAGGGAAUUAUUUCGUGGCUCUUCCUUCCAGCAGUUGCAGCCGGGAUGUACUUCAAUGCGCCGGGGGAGUAUAUUUUCAUUGGAGCAGGAGUGUUCGCAUUUAUAUUUUGCGUAAUAGAGAUGGAUAAGCCAGACAAGCCUCACAACUUUGAACCUCAGAUUUAUACAAUGGAGAGGGGAGCUCGUGACAAGCUUAUAAGUGACUAUAACUCAAUGAGCAUAUGGGAUUUCAAUGAGAAGUAUGGCGAUCUCUGGGACUUCACCAUUAAAAAGGAUGCAGAUGAUAUAAUGAAGAGAUAAUUGUAGAAAUUAUGACUUUGUUCAGGGGUAUACAUAUAAUAUAUACUAUAGUGAUCAACUAUGGUUUUUCUUUGCAA